GGGAUAAUUAAAUGGGGUAGUGCGUUUCGUAAAAUAUUGUUCAAACCGUAUCCACUAUACAUAUUAGACUGUAUGCCUGUGGCUGCCAAGGGCAUAUCACUCUCCAUUGUUCGGAUGGUUUUAUUCAUGCCUGAAUGCACACUGAAGGCACGGUUGUAUGCGUUUUUUUGACCACCUGUGUUGACUGACAAAUACAAAAAUGGAAUUCCUGUAAAUUAAUAUACUCGGUACAGAUGUAAACACUGAUUGUCAUUGCUGGCCAGUAAACGGACACGGUAUCAUAAUGGAUAAAAAGGACGCCAAGGGUCAAAGGAACAGUUUCCUGGACAAAGUCGGAGGCACGUUUCGUAUUGGUGGUAAAGACCGCAGUAAAAAAGGGCCAGUCCCUCCGAAACCUUACAUUGAGGACCCGGGCAGCAAUGGCGCCACCACUGAGGGACAGGAGUAUGUUAACUCGUUGUCGGAAGCGGAAAUUGCGGAAAAGUUUGAAAAGAUGCUGGACGACAUGAACCUGACAGAGGAGAAGAAGGCACCACUCAGAACACGAGACUUCUCAUUCAAGAAAUCCAUGCUCAGCAUGCACAUCAAGGGAGCAGGCAAGCCACGCAGAGGAGAGCUGGAUGGUCCGGAAGCAUUUGUGAUGGAGUUGGCGAAUGCCGACUUAAAGGGAGAUAAGCGGUUGCGAAUUCUCGAGUCGCUGCGAGUCUCUCUCACCAGCAACCCUGUCAGCUGGUUGCAGGAGUUUGGAGAACGAGGGCUAAAUGGAAUUCUCAGAAAUCUGACAUACUGUUGUGAUCUGAAAGCAGAACGAAGAAGCACCUAUGAAUGUGUUCGAUGUCUCAAGGCGUACAUGAACAACAAGUUUGGCUUGAUGCAAAUCUUGAACCACGAAGAAGCGCUAACAAUCCUCUCACGAACCAUAGACCCAGCUGACCCCCCCACGAUGCUCGAAGCCGUGCGGCUGUUGGCUGCGGUGUGUUUGGUUCCUCCGAAUGGUCACGAUAGGGUGUUGGAGGGAAUCACAGUGUGUAGUGAGAUACGCAAUCAAGAGAGAUUUAUUCCCAUCAUCAUGGGUCUCGGAAUGAGAGACAAUCUCCCCAUGCAGGUGGCCUGUAUUCAGUUAGUGAACGCUAUCAUCAGUACACCCGAUGACCUGGACUUCCGAAUGCAUCUGAGGAAUGAAAUAAUGAGAACAGGCUUAAUAGAUCUUAUAUCAACUCUAGACGUUCAGGGAGACGACGAGUUGAGAACUCACAUCAACAUCUUCCACGAACACAAAGAAGAAGACUUUGAAGAGUUUUCACACAGAUACGACAAUGUGCGCAUGGAACUAGAAGAACCUAGUUCAUGUUUUAACUUGGUUCAAUCAUCGGUCAAAGACACGAUAGCCGAACCCUACUUCCUGUCAAUUCUCCAACAUUUACUCUGCAUUCGAGAUGAUUUAUAUUCCAGACCUCAGUAUUACAAGUUGAUAGAAGAAUGUGUGACACAGAUUGUCCUGCACCGGAGUGGGGUGGAUCCCGACUUCAGAUAUACCAAGAGGUUUGAAAUCGAUGUGGAUCCGUUGCUCAGUAACUUGACAGAGAAGUCAAAGUUUGAAGACUCGGAAGUGAGCAUGGUGGAGAUGAACGCAAAACUUGAGGCAGCACUUACCGCGAAGCAGGAGUCUGAAGCCCGGGCUGUGGGCCUCGACGAGAAGGUCAAACUGUAUGAAUCUGAGCUGAACCAGCUCAAGGGAAAUAUUAAAGAGGGAAUACAACAGGUUGUGAGCAGUGCUAUAAGUAAAGGCGGAGCACCCCCAGGAAGUGGAGUACCCCCACCACCACCUCCACCACCACCACUGCCUGGAGGUGGACCCCCUCCUCCACCACCCCCUCCACCACUCCCUGGUGGAGGACCACCACCUCCCCCUCCACCUCCACCACCACCAGGAGGAGGACCACCACCACCCCCUCCCCCUCCUGGCAUGGGUCCUCCUCGCCCUCCGGGAAUGAGUCCCCUUGGUGUGCCAUCUCCCCCGACAAAUGUCCUGCCUUUUGGGAUGACUGCUAAGAAGAAGUAUUCCACAAAUACGGCCACGAAGAGACUCAACUGGACGAAGGUGAACGUGAAAGACCUCGACAAAGACUCUGUGUGGGUGAACACCUCGGAGGACAUGUUUGAGAGUGACGACCUCUUUAAAGAACUCGAAGAGAACUUUGCAACGAAAGCAGCACCUAAAGUGAACACAGAUGACAACAUGCCUGUCAAGACAAAGAGAAAAAUUAAAGAAUUUAGGGUUUUAGAUGCUAAAGCUGGCCAAAACCUUUCCAUUUUGCUUGGGUCUGUGAAAGUUCCAUAUAAGGAAAUAAAGAGGCGGAUACUUGAGUUUGAUGAAGAAAACCUACCAAGUGGUUUCCUGGAACAGCUGAUAAAAUACAUGCCGACGCCGGAGGAAAUCAACAAGCUGGCCAGUCUCAAGGACGACUAUAAUGAUCUGGCGGAACCAGAACAGUUCUGUGUCGUGAUGUCCUCUAUCAAACGAAUCACUCCUCGACUGAAUUCCAUGUUGUUUAAAAUGAGAUUUCCAGAGUUAGUUGCCGACAUUAGGCCGGAUUUGGUGGCGGCCACUGAAGCGUGUGAGGAGGUGAAGAACAGUAAGAAGUUCAAGAAGAUUCUGGAGUUGAUUCUGCUGAUGGGAAACUACCUCAACGCGGGUUCCAGGAACGCCCAGUCCAUCGGCUUCGAUAUUAGCUUCCUCACUAAAUUGAGUAACACAAAGACUCGGGAUGGUAAGCUGACGAUGCUUCAUUUUCUGGCGAAGACGAUUGAGAAGAAGUAUCCCGAGUUGUUGGGCUUCAUGGAUGAGAUAACUCACGCAGACAGAGCCGCCAGAGUGUCGGAUGAAGUUCUACAAAAGAAUCUGAAGCAGAUGGAGAAACAACUCAAUCAGCUGGACAUCGACCUGAAGAAUAUCAGUAAGAUGACCUUGGAGGAAGGUGACAGAUUUCCAGACGUCAUGAACGUAUUUCUGGCCACUGCAAGAGAACAGUACGAAGUUCUAAACACAAUGUACAAAAAACUGGAAUCUCUUUUCCUCGGACUGGCCAAAUAUCUGACCUUUGAUCCCAAGAAGUAUGCAAUUGAGGAACUAUUUAGUGAUAUCAAAACAUUCAAGGAUGGAUUAGCGCAAUGUGUUAAAGACAACCAGAAAAUGCAAGAAACAGAAGAUCGUAUCCGUCGAGCUAAAGAAGCGAAAGAAAAGGCUGAGAGAGAGAAGAAGGAGAAGAAAGCAAGACAGGUGGCGAUACUGGACAUGACAACAGAUGAUAACCAAGAGGGUGUGAUGGACAACCUUCUGGAGGCACUCAAGACGGGUUCGGCGUUCAGCGUGAACCGCGAGAAACGAGACGGCAAGAGACGCACUCCCCGUGCAGCUGGAGAUUCCAAAAAAACUUCACGUUCAUCGGAAAGGCGAGCACAGCUUGCCCGGUCACGGUCCAGACAGAAUCUCCUACAAAACCUAGAUUCCUCGACGGUGCGUGAAAUAAAUUUCAAUGACUCACAAAUGGAUUCGUCUGACCGAGACCAGCAGUCCAAUAACAACAGUGCCAAACCAAGACGGCGACAGAAAACUGAACAAGAAACUGAGGCCGAGAAACUGCUGGCUCGAUUAAAAGAGUUGUGACAUUUAUAUACAUGUUAUAUAUUCAUAGUGCAGAACAAGACUUAUAUUCUUCUACAGCGUGAUAUCAUAUGCAGCAUUCUCAAAGCUUCAUUCCACUGUUGUAAACACGCAUAUAGAUUAAAAGUGGCAUUAUUCAGAGCUGGCAUCACACUAUAACAUCACAUACAUGUAGAUCCUGCAUUGUCCAGUUUGAACUAAUAAUGCAACUUACAGAUAGCAGUCUAGUCCUGUUAGGAGCCAACAGACUGCAUCAUUCAGACACUUUAUGUUUUAGAUAGCGACAGUAAGAGGCAAUACUGCAGAAUGUACAGAUCAAUGCUCUGGUUUAACACUGAAACAUUUACACCCUGAAAGUAUGGACGGACAGACUUCAUCAUUCAGACACUUUAUGUUUUAGAUAGCGACAGUAAGAGGCAAUACUGCAGAAUGUACAGAUCAAUGCUCUGGUUGAACACUGAAACAUUUACACCCUGAAAGUAUGGACGGACAGACUUCAUCAUUCAGACACUUUAUGUUUUAGAUAGCGACAGUAAGAGGCAAUACUGCAGAAUGUACAGAUCAAUGCUCUGGUUUAACACUGAAACAUUUACACCCUGAAAGUAUGGACGGACAGACUUCAUCAUUCAGACACUUUAUGUUUUAGAUAGCGACAGUAAGAGGCAAUACUGCAGAAUGUACAGAUCAAUGCUCUGGUUUAACAUAACAUUUACACACUGAGAGUACGGGUGCAUCUGUACUUCAGUAUUCAGACCUUGACAGUAUGGACGAACAGACUGCAUCAUUCAGACAUUUUGUGUUUUAGAUAGCGACAGUAAGGGGCAAUACUGCAGAAUGUACAGAUCAAUGCUCUGGUUUAACAUCUAUACUUUAGCAUUCAGACAUUGACAGUAUGGACGGACAGACUUCAUCAUUCAGAUACUUUUAUGUUUUUGAUACCGACAGUAAGGGGCAAUACUGCAGAAUGUACAGAUUAAUGCUCUGGUUUAACACUGAAACAUUUACAGACUGAGAGUAUGGACGGACAGACUUCAUCAUUCAGACACUUUGUUUUAGAUGGCGACAGUAUGGGGCAAUACUGCAGAAUGUACAGAUCAAUGCUAUGGUUUAACACAGUAACAUUUACACACUGAGAUGGAUGCAUCCAUACUUAAGCAUUCAGACAUUGGCAGUAUGGAUGGACAGACUUCAUCCUUCAGAGUCGUGUUAUGUGAACUUCAUUCAGACACUGACAGUAGUGACGGACAAACUUCAUCAUUCAGAAUCAUACUGUGUGGACUUUAUUCAGACAUUGGCAGUAUGGACUUAACAUUUAGGCAUUGACAGUAUGAACUGACAGACUGUCAUUCAUUCAUUGACAGUAUGAAAUUCAUCCUUCUGACAUUGACAAUAUGGACUCCCACUUUUACAAUGUUAACUACAUAUGUAUGUUUGUAUUGAUAUAUUAAUAAUAUUGGAUCAUCAAGACACUGAUUGUGUGGACUUCAUUCAGGCAUUGACAGUAUGGCUGUAUCAUUCAAAUAUUGACAAUAUGAACUGAGAGACUGACAUUCAUUCAUUAACAGUAUGGAAUUUAUAAUUCAGACAUUGACAGUAUAGAAUUUAUAAUUCAGACAUUGACAGUAUGGAAUUUAUAAUUCAGACAUUGGCAGUAUGGACUCCCACUUUUAUGACAUAAACAGUGUAUGUACUGAUAGACUUGAUCAUCCAGACACUGAUAGUGUGACUUCAUUCAGACAUUGACAGUUUGGCUGUAUCAAUCAGAUAUUGACUGUAUGGACUUAACAUUCAGACAUUGACAGUAUAUUGAAUUGAUCCUUCUGACAUUGACAUUAGUGGUGAUAAUGGACUGAUAGACAUUAGUAGUGGUAAUGGACUGACAGACAUUAAUAGUGAUGAUGGACUGACAUAUGUUAGUAGUGAUAAUGGACUGACAGACAUUAGUGGUGAUAAUGGACUGACAGACAUUAGUAGUGAUAAUGGACUGACAGACCGCCAGUUGGUCACUGGCAGUGUUGAUCAACAGGUGGUGUUAUUCAGAUACUGAUAUUCAGUGUGAGCCAGUAGACUUUCGUCCUGAGAUACUGGCAUUGUAGGCUGGCAGUACUGCACGAUUAAGACAUUGCAAGUGUAGGCCCACAGUACUGCAUCAUUCAGUGUGAGUCAGUUGUACUACAUCAUUCAGACUGGCUAAUGUUGGUGUCGGCCAAGGGCACUGCUUUAUUGCUGUCAGCUUGAUGCAGAACUGUUUUAUCUUUGUCUAUCAUUCAUGCUGUAGUACGACCACAACCAAGCUUAUUUCUCUUUGGAUAUUGUUAGAUAACUGUUUAGAGAUUGAUAGCAGAAUUCAUUUGUGAACAGAAGAAGUUCCAAACAGGAAUGUUUUUGUCACUGUUGAGUACAUACUGGAUUUACUUCUGUGUUACAAAAAUAUUGGACCAAAGUAUUUUCAUAACAGCUUACAGCUUGAGUUACUUUUAGAUACAGUUUUCUACACAGCAAAAAAAAAAAAGACAAAAAAAAAAAUAUAUAUGUUAUUCAAAAGUCUUAUUGGUGAGAAAAUGUGGAUAUUUUUGUACGUUUAAACAUUUGUUACCAAAUGUAACUAGGACAUUUAUAAAUUAGUAUAUUUAUAUUUGCCAGGUUAUUUUUGGAUGUUGCAUUGUUAUUUACCACCAUGUUAUCACAUCAAGCUGUGUGGUGUGUAUAUUCCAGUUAAUGAUUCUCAGUUUAUAUGUAUUUUAUACAUAGCUGAAUACAUCAUAGAUGUAAUACAUCUCGCAUCAUAUCUGUAUAUUAAUAUAUUGAAUUGUAUAUAUUGGCUUGUCUGUGCAUAUUGCUCAUAUCUUAAGUCUUUACGUCCACGGCCACCUUCCCUGUGUAAUAUAUUGCUGUACAGUUUUGUAUAUGGCGCCGGACUUCAUGUAGUGGUCAUAUUGUGAACAUUAUAUAUUCGCUGGAAAAUACUUUUUUGUUUUCAGCGUUUGAAUAACUUCCUGUGAUAUGGUUAUCAGCUGCUUUAUUAUUAAAAUAUGUACGUACACUAGAUUCAUAUUCAAGAAAGAAUGGAAUUUCCUUAGGUUUUUUUUUUUAAAAAUAAUUUCUACACCGGUUUAUACAUGUGUGUAGAUGUAUUGAUAUAUAAACAGGUUUUGCAGGUAGGUGUAAUUUAUUGUAACAUUAUGAGCCUGUUUGUUUGGUCAUUAGUUAUCUAAACUUGCUGUGUAAUUUAGUGGCAAGUGUUCUUUUCAUUAUAUUCAGAAUGGUUUUUUAGACUGUCAAGCAUGAAAAUAAUAGUUCUGGGGCCUAAUUCACUAAACUCUUGUAACUUUGCAAUCUUGCAGUGCAGUGCUGAAGACCUGCAAAGAGGAUGCUUUGUUGUCUAGCAGAGCCUAAGAGACCUUUGUGAAUUAGGCUCUUGAUGUUGAUUUUGCCACUAAAAAAAUAAAUCUUCAUUUGGCCUCAUUUUAAACACAUAGGGUCAAAUUUACAGUCUUUUUUAUGUCUGACAUACUGUUUAUGUGUAACUUCAUACAUCUGCAAUUUUUUUAAACACCUGCGUUUAAGAAAACAGGCUUUGUGAAUUCGUCCCAUAUAUAUUUGGAUUAGAUUCUAAAAAUUCUAAAUUGUCCAAUUAAAUAACUACCUCCUGUCCCGAGUCAGGCCCUGAUCAUAUCAGAGACAUUACUCGUAAGAGGUGUGUUCGAAACCGUUGCCUAUUACCCAUAUAUAUUUUCUUUUGUAAUACCACUGCCCAUGUUCCUUCCUCGCCUUUGAAUUCCAUGUCAUUUGUUUUUUACUGAUCAUCUGCUAGCUCCUCAUAUCUUUUAAAGUGUUUGGCUGUCCACCUCCACAUCCGUGUCCUUGUCUCUUCAGCCACAGCAGAUGUUUGACUUUUAUGGCCAUCCAUUCCACAUACCUUCCAUCUCAAUCAACUCAGUCAUGGUUUACUCUGACUACCUUGGAGAGUGUUUAGUGGUCGUUUCUCUCAUCAUGAGGUCCAUUGAAUCGCCUAAACAAAAAAAAAUCCCAAUUUGGUUGGUAAUGGUACUCUAUGGUCUAUGCUUGACCAAGUCCUAUCACAUUGGUAGAGUGGAUGUGAACACCAUAGUGGACGGCAAAUACUAAUAUUCUUAUACUGGUACAUUGAUAUAAACAUAUCUAGCAGAAAUACAUUUUGUUUACCUAAUGGACUUCCACAAAACAUGUAUUAUUCAACCCAUGUGCUAACUUGAUCACUAGAUCUGAGGUUGACCAUAGGCCGUGUGCUAUCUUUAUAUUGGUCGCAAGUUCUGAGGUUAACCAUGUGCUAUCUUGAUCACUAGAUCUGAGGUUGAACAUAGGCCGUGUGCUAUCUUUAUAUUAGUCGCAAGUUCUGAGGUUGACCAUUGGCCAUGUGCCAUUCUGAUAUUGACCACUAGUUUUAAGGUUUACCAUGUGCUAUCUUUGUUGGUCGCUAGUUCAGAGGUUGACCACUGACUAUGGGCUAUCUUGAUAUUGAUCACGAGUUCUAAGGUUGACCAUUGACUAUGUGAUAUAUUGAUCACUAGUUCUGAGGUUACCAUUGACCAUGUGCUAUCUUUAUAUUGGUCACUAGUUCUGAGGUUAACCAUUGAAAAUAUGCUAUCUUGAUAUUAGUCGCAAAUCCUGAGGUUGUUAAGUCCUGAAAUGACUUUGUGUUAUGUUAACGAUAGUCUUUAGUACUAUAUUUACUAUUUGCUAUAUUUGCUAUGUUGUAAUACUUAGGCUAACUGUAAGCUUUGACCAUGGUAAUAUUAUGCUUCCAAGAUUAUCAAAAGAAAAACAAAUAUUGGCUAGUCUCUUCAUUUUGUGCAUGAGCUUUUAUCAUUUAUCUUAGUGGUAAGGUAUUAUAUGCAGUUCGUGGCAUGAAUUUUAUUUUAUUUUAUUUUAUUUUAUUUUAAUGAAAUAAAUAUGUAUCAUUUAUCAGUACCACAAUUUCUAAGUCGUGUGUGUGUCUUACAAGCUUUGUUUAAAUAUAGACUGGUAUUAAGAGGGUUCCAUAUUUACUUAGGUUACAGAAAGAGGUUCCAUAUUUACUUAGAUUACAGAGAGGGGGAAAAGCGUGUACGUAUGCAUGUAUGUAUGUAUGUAUGUAUGUAUGUAUGUAUGUGCGUUCGUGCGGGUGUGCGCGUGUGUGAAACUGCCUCACUAUUCUAUUCGUACCUUUUCUAAUAUAUUAUUUAAUCGCCAUGUCGGACCAGACGCGUGAAGUCAGAUAGAAACCGCUAGUUUCACUCAAUUUACGUUUUGUGAUAUCGCUAGCCGAUGGUGUAGGGGUGUGCCUUUCUGUGAAAGCAGCCAUUUUCCUGGUGAAAAUCUGCUCUUAACGGGUGAAAGGAUCACGACUUUUCGCCAGUGUGAUUUUACUGUAGUCGGCUCUUUUUUCAUAUCGCAAGCUUAUAACUCUUGUAUAAAAACUGUCUAUUUCCUAUGAUGAAAUAAAACAUGUAGGAAUGUA